AUGGGAGAUCCGCCAAACAUCGACCGCGGUACGCGUGUUGUCAAGAUUACUGUGGGCCGAGGCAUUGAGCAGCGAGAAUUUACCGUCCACAGAGACCCCUUGUGUGCAUCCUCUGAGUUCUUCGAACGCGCCUUCUCAGGAGAGUUCAGCGAAGGGAAAAACCAAGGAAUGAAGUUGCCCGAGGAAGAGCCACAAGUGUUCGCUUUCUUCGUCGACUGGCUUUAUACAGGAAAGGUCGCCCGCAAGAAUUGGGCAUUCAAGGUUGCAAAUCAGCGCUGGCAUGAAGAUUUCCUCUGGCUUAUGGUGUACCGUAUGGCUGAUCGUUUUCUGAGCCCUGCACUGCAAGUCCUGGCAUACCGUCAGCUCACAGACGUCUUCUCCCUUUCACCCACAAUCCCGUCUCGCGACUUCAUCUUCUCGCUCUUCUCUGGAGCCAGUCCUCUCGCCAUGCAAAGGCAUGUGGUCGAACAUGUGGCCUACUGGCUCAGCAAGUCGCAAGAGAAGGAAGAUUGGGGUCGGCUCUUCGUCGUUCAUGAAAAGUUCUGCCUCGAAAUGGCACUAGCCAUGAUGCGCGCUCAGGCCAAAGGACAUGCUCUCAUACACCCAUCGAAUCAAGAGCGGUUCGCGGAAAGGCAUGGCUUGGAUCUUCGGGUUAUGGAAGCACGGGCGAGAAAGGCUGAUGAUGUCUCUCCAAAGCUUGCAGGAAAAUUACUGCACCGUGCGAAGCUGAGUGAGUAA